GAGCCAGCGGAGCCACGCCCCUAGCGCUUCUGGCUGGGCCAGCGAGGGCCUGAUCUUCUCUUUGGUCCUUUGUCGACCCCCCCACACCCCUUUGGGGAAGGCUCAGGUGCCUUAAGCCGCCUAGUCAAUACCUUCCUCUCCACGUGCCUCUCCCCAUCUCGGCCCUGAGCCUCUCGGCAAGGUGGGCACGGGCAGAGUGCCCGAACCCAGCGACUGCUGGGGCGCUUAGUGGCAGCAACCGUGCUACGGUCCAGAUGGCGCGCAGGGCCGAGCCCCCCGACGGGGGCUGGGGAUGGAUGGUGGUGCUCUCAGCGUUCUUCCAGUCUGCGCUGGUGUUCGGCGUGCUUCGCUCCUUUGGCGUCUUCUUCAUAGAGUUUGUGGCGGCGUUUGAGGAACAGGCAGCGCGCGUCUCCUGGAUCGUCUCCAUAGGAAUUGCAGUGCAGCAGUUUGGGAGCCCAGUAGGCAGUGCCCUGAGCACGAAGUUCGGGCCGAGGCCCGUGGUGAUGACUGGAGGCAUCUUGGCUGCGCUGGGGAUGCUGCUUGCCUCCUUUGCUACCUCCUUGACCCACCUAUACCUGAGUAUUGGGCUGCUCUCAGGCUGUGGCUGGGCCUUGACCUUCGCACCAACCAUGGCUUGUGUAUCCUGUUACUUCUCUCACCGACGAUCCCUGGCCACCGGAUUGGCACUGACAGGCGUGGGCCUCUCCUCCUUUGCAUUUUCCCCCCUUUUCCAGUGGCUGCUCAGCUACUAUGCCUGGCGGGGGGCCCUAAUACUGGUGUCUGCCCUCUCCCUCCACCUGGUGGCCUGUGGUGCUCUUCUCCGCCCACUCUUCCUGGCAGAGGAUACUAUUGUGGGUGGUCCUGGAGCCCAACUCACCUCCCUCCUCCAUCAUGGCCCCUUUCUCCGUUACACUGUGGCCAUCACCCUGAUCAACACUGGCUACUUUAUUCCCUACAUCCAUCUGGUGGCCCAUCUCCAGGACCUGGGUUGGGACCCACUACCUGCUGCCUUCCUGCUUUCAGUGGCUGCUAUUUCUGACCUCGUGGGGCGUGUGGCCUCUGGGUGGCUGGGAGAUGCAGUCCCAGGGCCUGUGGCACGACUCCUGAUGCUCUGGAACACCUUGACUGGGGUGUUUCUAGCCCUGUUCCCUGUAGCUCAGUCUUCCACAGCGUUGGUGGCUCUGGCUGUGGCCUACGGUUUCACAUCAGGGGCCUUGACUCCAAUGGUCUUCUCUGUACUACCUGAACUGGUAGGGACUGGAAGGAUUUACUGUGGCCUGGGACUGUUGCAGAUGAUAGAGAGCCUCGGGGGGCUGCUGGGGGCUCCUCUGUCAGGCUACCUCCGGGAUGUGACGGGCAACUACACAGCUUCAUUUGUGGUGGCUGGGGCCUUUCUUCUUGCAGGGAGUGGAGUUCUCAUCACACUGCCCAAUUUCUACUCCUGCUUCUCAGCUACUACAUCCAGGCCCCAGGACCUUGUAACAGAGCCACUGGAGACCAAAGUCCCCCUGCCCAAUGAGAAGCAGGAAAAGGACUGAACUCCACAAGAGGCAGUCAUGCCCAGAAAGCCAGAGCUUGACAGCUCCAGGUCUUCUGCCCCAUUUUGGCAUCCACAGAACCACAGUGCCUUAUGAUUCUUAAUCUGCCUUCCCCACAGCAGGUCUGGGGCUCCUGCAAUGUGUGUGCCAACCUUUUGUA